AUGAGCGGCAAAUUAGUUUGGAACUACAUAUCCCAGCGUGCCUGGCUCUUACGCGUGAUUUGCUACGGAGAGAACUACAGCUCCCGGCUGGCGGUGGGAAGGGGCCGGGGCUGCUUUAGGCUUCCCGGGGCUCCCAGUAGCCGGCCAGUUCCCACCUCGAGGAGGUUGGAGAUGUCUGGGGGCGCGGGCGCCCCCGACUCAGAGGACAUGCGACCUCUCAAACCAUGUCUGCUUCGCCGCAACCAAAGCCGCGAACAGCACGGAGUGGCCGCCUCCUGCCUGGAGGAGCUGAGGAGCAAAGCCUGUGACAUACUGGCCAUUGAUAAGUCCCUGACACCAGUCACCUUGGUCCUGGCAGAAGACGGUACCAUAGUGGAUGAUGACGACUACUUCCUUUGUCUGCCUUCCAAUACAAAGUUUGUGGUGUUGGCCUGUAAUGAGAAGUGGGUCUACAAUGAUUCGGAUGGAGGUACAGCUUGGGUUUCCCAAAAGUCCUUUGAUGUAGAUGAAACAGACAGUGGGGCUGUGGUGAAGUGGAAGAAUGUGGCCAGACAACUGAAAGAAGACCUGUCCAGCAUCAUUCUGCUAUCAGAAGAGGACCUCCAAGUGCUCAUCGACGUUCCAUGUUCAGACCUGGCUCAGGAACUUUGCCAGAGCCAUGGCACUGUCCGAGGGCUCCAGAACGCACUUCAGCAGGUGCUUGACCAGAGAGAAGAAGCUCGCCAGUCCAAGCAGCUCCUGCAGCUUUAUCUCCAGGCGCUGGAGAAGGAGGGCAGCAUCUUGUCCAAGCAGACAGAGGCCAGAGCUGCCCUGAGUGGAGAGGUGGAUACAGUCGACACGGGCAUCAGCACGGAGAUGGCGUCCACAGUCUCACUUAGGAGCCAGAUCCUCACCACACUGAAGGAGAAGCUGGCUCCGGAGCUGAGCUUAUCUAGUCAGGAUUUGGAGUUGGUUGCCAAGGAAGAUCCCCAAGCCCUGGCCUCUGCUUGUAGCUGGGACAUGACGAAGACAGAAGCGGUCCAGUGGGCCUGUAAGCAAGAGCUCGGCCUGCGCCUGCAGCAGGUGCAGAGCUUGCAUUCUCUCAGGAGUCUUUCAGCGAGGAAGAAGCCACUGUCCGGGGAACCAUGCUGUCCUAAACGGGCCAAACAAGACCCCACAUAGCUCAACCAGAAACACGCCGAGAAAAACCCCAUGGCCUUGGUUUUGUCAUCAGUAAACAUCUUUCACCUGCUUACUACCUACAUUCUGCUCUGCCCUGUUUUUUCCGGCAUGGUCUUCUGGCACAGGCUGGAGAGGUAGGAAGAUCGCUGUGAGUGAGUUCAAGGCCAGCCUGGGCUACAGUGAGACCCUACCUCAAAACAAACGAACAAAAAAGUAAGGCUAGAACAAGACCCUACCUCGAAAAACCAAAAAAAAAUUUUAAAAUGGACCUGUCAGAGUUGGGGUAGCUCAAUGGCAGGGCCCAUGCUGAGUAUGUUAGGCUUUAGGUUCAGUCCCCAGCACCUCUAAAAAUAAAAGUCAAUGGUGUUGAAAACAGUCAUAUUCUGGACUCACUGUCCUUACUCAGCAACCAGUGAGAGAGAAUGUUAAGCACCUUCUAGAUAGUGGUAGGAGGAAGUGUCUAAUGGAGCACUGAUUUUGUCCAGAAACUUGUUUCUCAGCCGGGCAUGGUGGUGCAUGCUGUUAAUCCCAGCACUUGGGAGGCAGAGGUAGGAGGAUCUCUGUGAGUUCCAGGCCACUUGAGACUACAUAGUGAAUUUCAGGUCAGCCUGAGCUAGAGUGAGACCCUACCUUGGAAAACCAAAAAAAGGGAGAAAGAAAGAAACUUAUUUUUCAAGAGAAUGAAUUUGUUGGUAAGUUUCUUUAAAGGCAUAUACUAAAUUUACAGACCAUAGGGACAUGCAAAGACUCUAGUUCACAGUUUCUAAUAUCUAACUCAAUGUUGUAAAAUUCUAAGUUACCACUGUGCAACUCUUCUUGGUUUUCUAAUAUGUUUUGCCAGCAGGGGGUAUAAAAGGUCAUUACAGCAGUUUCUACGCUUGGUGGCUCCAAGUCUCUGGGUGCCAAGCGGAGCACUUCUGGCUCAUAUUCAUCCGCCUUCUGUUCAAACUUGUUCUGCAAGUUUCAUACUCAACAAUACAGUCUCCCCUUGCAGGGAACAGAUGAUUAGUUAUUAACUAUUUUAUGCAUGCUGAGAAGAAAACAAAUCUGAGAGAUGCAAUGGCCAGUUGUUCAUUUUGUUUGUUUUUGUUUGUUUGGUUGGUUUUGGUACUAGGCCUAAUACAUGCUAAGCAACCAUUCUGCCAUUGAAGCUACACCCCCAGCCCCACAUCGGUCAGUUAAGCUGAGGAAUGUAACAGUCCUGGGGUGAAGGUAGCAUGCAGGAAAUAAAAAUUGCUUUCUUUUCAGAUCUUCAUUGAUGGCUCAGAUCGCUUUAGUACUGUUUAGUGCUCCCUUUUUAUCCCUGACAUUUCCCCUUUUAUAACUUACUUUGUAAUACCUCUUCAUCUUUUUUUUUUUUUGCCUCUUUAAAUAAAAACCAUAGCUGAUAA